GCUAUCCUGUAUGCUAUGGAAAAGUAUGAAGACUGUUUGAAGCUACUCAAUGACAAAGAAAGAGAGAUUGCUCCGGAUCUUAUUACUAUCGGUAUGUGUGGCAGAAAGAGGGACGAUUUUACGCACACAGUCUUGAUCAAUGAGAGACUCGUGAACAAAAUCAUUAACAACAAAAUGACGUCAUCGGAAGUGUUACGCGAGAAUACGUGUGCAUGCGUCAUAUUUCUGCCAUCAGAAAUGCCUUUAAUUCCAAAAGAACUCCAAUACGAGUUGUUCCGCUCCUUUUGUUCUGAGACCGAAUUUAGCCAAGAUGUGAAUUUUUGGUUUGAUUUCGUUGCCGUCGACUCUAAAGUUCUUUUGUACUACAUGCUCUACCUGGUCCACAAGAAGUUGGGACACAGACGUGACAGGAACGAUGCAUUUUUGUUCUUGAACAUUUUUUUGGAGAAAGACUUCAACCUGUGUCAUGCUGAGACUGGCUUUAAUUUAGUGGGAACAAUUCUAAGAGAUAUGGGUCACUUGGAGUCAGCAAUGUCUUUAUUCAAAGAUUCCUGGACGAAAAGGCCUGACCAUAAUGCAGCAAAAUGGCAGGCGCUUAUAACGUGUUACCUUUACUACAGGACUGUAACAGAAGAGGAUUUCAAAAUAGAGCAAGAGUCAUUGGAAUCGGAAGAACAUACAGAGCAUGAGGUUGACGAUGUGGAAAAUGAAGCUGAAAACGAAGAAAAGAUUAUUUACCAGCGAUGUGAGGGUGUUUAAAUCUGAGAAUCGAUUGAUUUGUCGACUUUUUUACAAUUAAUGGUUUAAACAAGGGGUUGCACCGUGUGUACUUGUGGAUAAAAAAAUGUUACAAAUACAUGCACAA